GUCGUUGUGUUCCUCCUGUGCCAGGUUCGGUGACACACAUCCUCCCCGCUCGGGCUCUCUCACGCCCUCUGUAUAUCUCAUUUUCCGACACAGUUGAGCCGAUCCUGCUCGUUAUUUUCCGCUCGUUCACUCUAUCUGCGGCUGGGUACAGCUACUGGACCAAACCCUUAACCUUCAGUUCUGCAGACCUUUACUUUCCCUUCACAUUUUGGUUUACCUAGAAAGGAUUGAAGGUAGUGGAGAAGGAAAGGUCAGUGCCUUUAAGCCGUUCUGUUUCGUAAAUUCUUCGUGGGAAUUUCGACGUCGGGAAUCGAAGCAAGCGACGUGAAAGAGAACUUAAAUCGUCCUGUAAAGUCUCUCCUUUUAAAUGGACUCCAUGAGCCGGAGAGUUGUACGUCAGAGCAAGUUUCGCCAUGUCUUUGGACAGGCAAUGAAAGCCGACCAGUGUUAUGAAGAUAUACGAGUGUCCAAAGUGACUUGGGAUAGCUCCUUCUGUGCAGUUAAUCCCAAGUUUGUCGCCAUCAUUGUGGAAUCUGGUGGAGGAGGUGCCUUCCUUGUCCUCCAAUUGGCCAAGACUGGACGUGUGGAUAAAAAUCACCCCCUGGUUUGUGGACACACGGCUCCUGUACUUGAUAUUGAUUGGUGCCCUCACAAUGAUAACGUGAUCGCCAGUGGUUCCGAAGAUUGUACUGUCAUGAUCUGGCAGAUCCCCGAUCACAUGACUGUCCGCUCCAUCACGGACCCCAUUGUUGUCUUGGAAGGACAUUCGAAGAGGGUUGGAAUUGUUACGUGGCACCCAACUGCCCGCAAUGUUUUACUAAGUGCAGGCAGUGAUAAUAUGAUAAUUAUUUGGAACGUGGGUACCGGAGAGCCCCUGAUAACACUUGAUGACCUGCAUACCGACUUGAUUUACAAUGUUUGCUGGAACCGUAAUGGCAGCCUCAUCUGUACCACCAGCAAGGACAAGAAAGUGCGCAUUAUUAAUCCGAGGGAGCAACGCAUCAUUGCUGAGAAGGAAAAAGCACAUGAAGGAGCUCGACCAAUGAGGGCCAUCUUCAUGGCUGAUGGUAAAAUCUUCACCACUGGAUUCAGCAAGAUGAGCGAGCGGCAACUGGCCCUGUGGGACCCGAAAAACUUUGAUGAACCAAUGGCGCUUCAGGAAAUGGACACUAGUAAUGGAGUUCUUCUACCGUUUUAUGAUGCUGACACAAAUAUAGUCUAUUUGUGUGGGAAAGGUGAUAGCAGUAUUCGGUAUUUUGAAAUCACACCGGAAGCUCCAUACGUUCAUUACAUCAGCACGUUCAGCAGUAAGGAGCCACAGAGGGGGAUGGGCUUCAUGACAAAGAGGGGUCUGGACGUCAGCAGAUGUGAAAUCGCAAGGUUUUUCAAAUUACACGAGCGGAAGUGCGAACCAAUUACAAUGACGGUGCCUCGAAAGUCGGAUCUCUUCCAAGAUGACCUGUACCCAGAUACCCAGGGUCCUGAGGCAGCCCUUGAAGCUGAGGAGUGGAUUGCAGGAAAAAACGCAGAUCCCGUGCUGAUCUCGCUGAGGGACGGUUACAUUCCACCUAAAAACCGAGAACUUAAAUUUGCCAAAAGGAACAUUCUGGACAACAAGCCUCCUCUCGGACCACGACGCAGUUACUCCACUUGUGAAUCAAACUUUUCUCGUGUAACCCUGGAGGAGCUAAUGGACGAAGUUAAAUCGCUGAAGGUGAUUGUCCAGUCCCAGGAGAGACGUAUUACUGAGCUCGAAAACAAGCUUUCAAAGUUCACCAAUGGCACUGCUUAAUCCUACCAUCCACAUUAGCAUGCAAUCCAAGGUAUCAGUGCUUCCUGCCAAACCAGUUCAACUUAUUAAUGUCCACCCCCCAACAAACUGGUGGCAAACAAUGGUAGCUUUUACAACAAUCUACAUAACUGUAUGCAUAUUCUUAACUCCAGUGAGACAAGAUCACAUGGAAGUAUUUAAUGUUUUGUUCCGGAGAUUAAUUGAAGAAUUCACGGGAAAUGUUACACGAUGUUUUGGGAAAUGCAGUGAACUAAAGGUCAAGCUACACCUGAUCAGUGUUCCUACGUGAGGUCAUGAACUACUAUUGUUAGUGAGAAUCAAGCUCCCUGUGAGCUGACAGCUUGCACAUCAACUCUAGGGCAGUUCUUUGUAGUGAAGAGGGAGAGGAUAAAGAAAUGCCUGUGACAGGAGCUCCAACAGGCCAGCAGCUCGUGCUUAGGGCAUCAAUGGACUGUGGGAGGGUGAACUGCAAUGAUUCAUAAAACAAAGUAACGUUCAAACAAUCUCCUGUCUAAUAUCCUGACAUACUUUUUCAGCUGCUGGUUCCAUUGUUAUUAGCGGAAGAAGUUUGCCGUGUCUUUGCAUUCUGCUCAGGUGUAAUCAAAUAAUACUUUAUGCAUCUAAUUUUCAGUUCACGAUUUGCACUGUGUAAGGUUGGGGCAGUUUUUGGCACUUGGUGAAGGUGGUAUUUUAUUACAUUUGGAGAUAAGACGCUAAAAUUAGAAGGAUGAUGUGGUUUAUAUGACAUUUUGUGAAGUGAAUGUGUUUGUGCUGUCAGUUAGUCCAGACGCGGUGACGUGUGAUGCCAGCAAGUUCACAGAACGUUCUCUGCUGUUAUCUCUCCUUUAGUAAAUAAACUGUUUCAUUUCAGGAACUCUUCAAACAGAAAGAGACGUCUUUAAAAAUUAUUUUGAAGUGUUAUUUAGUUUACUGCCCUAUGCAUUCUGGCAAAGAAAAACAUUUAUUUUUGUGGUGGGUUUUUUUGACACUUUUUUGUGUGACAUGAUUCUGGUUUGGAGUUCUUGUCGUAUUCUGAAGUUUUGCACAUAUAUCUUCUUUCUCCUCCAGUGAUGAAUACCAUUUCUGCUGCUGUGCAAAACAUCCUCGCCUUGAGAAUAUAACAUAAAAUGCAUGAUAAUAACCUUUAGCUUAUAAAAGGGGACUUCUCCUGCCUUGUGCGAUACCUAGUGGUAUCAAAAGAGUUGUUAAUCCUGUCUGAUCCCAGUAGAGAACUACUUCCAUUUGGAUUUUAAAUCUGAUUGCAUUUACAAAACCUGCUCUCAUUUGGCUUUUCACAUUGGAUAGAAUUAAUAAGAGAGAAAGAAAGAGAAUUGAUCCAGAAACUUCCAGGGUCCAGAGGAGGACCAUGAGAAUGAUCCUGUGAAUGAAAGGGUUAAUGUAAGAGGAGCAUUUGAUGGAGCAGGAUCUGUAUUUGCUGGAAGAAUGAGGGCGGAUCUCUUUGAAACCUAUUGCAUAUUGAAAGCCCUUGACAGAGGAUGUUUUCUGUAGUGUUUUCUAUAGGACCAGAGGAUACAGCCUCAGAAUGGAAGGACAUCACUUUAGAACGGGAGUGGCCUAGUAGUGCAGUGACCUGGGUUCAAUUCCUGCCACUGUCUGUAAGGAGUUUGUUCAUUCUCCCUGUGUCAACAUGGAUUUCUUCUGGGUGCUCUGGUUUCCUCCCACAGUCCAAAGACCUGCUAGUUGGUAGGUUAAUUGGUCAUUGUAAAUUGUCCCAUGAUUAGGCUAGUGUUUAAUCCUGAGUUGCUGGGCAGCACAGCUCAAGGGCCAGAAGAGCCUAUUCUCAAUCAAUAAAUAGAAACAGAUGAGGAGGAAUUUCUUAAGCAAGAGGGUGGUGUAUCUGAAGAAUUUAUUGUCACAGACGGCUGUGGAGGCCAAGUCAUUGGGUGUAUUUAAAGCUGAAGUUGAUAUAUCCUUGGUUAGUAGGAGCAUCAAAGGUUACAGGAAGAGGACAGGAGAAUGGGGUUGAGUGAGCUAAUAAGUCAGCCAUGAUGGAAUGGUGGAGCAAACUUGAUGGACUGAAUAGCCUAAUUCUGUACUUAUGUCUUAUGGUAUUUAUAGUUCGGUCUACUAAAGCUGGGAAACAUCAAAAAUUUCAAAGCUCCCUAAUUGAUACAUGGAGAGCUGUAAGAUGCUUGGUAGAUCUUACAGUUCUUGAGUUUGCAUCCAUUGAGCUGACCAAAUUUGUACAGAUUGUUGUUGGUUUUCUCUCUCCCUCUCUCUUUCAUUUCCUCUCAUUACUAAGAGAUAGAUGCUAGACACAAGUAAGGGAAUCAUUGUGUGCAGUCCAACAUGAUCCUGUUUACAGUCAGAUACUCUGUAGGAGAACUUCUGCAGAGCAUGUGGUUGACUAUCAAUAGUAGUCUAUUAGAUUCACCCUGAGCAAAACUCAGUAAGAAUUGCUGAGGGUUGCACUAAGUAUCAGUGUUAACUUUAAUUGUCAAAUUGUUGUUGUCUCUUGUCCUAUGAUCACCUCUAAUGCUUUUAAAAACCAGUUACAGAUAUAUUUCUAUGUCUAAGUUUAAAAAUAACUGAGCUUGUUUUCAUUUAAAGCAAUAUUUGUGUACUAAAGAAAAGCAUUCAUCUUGAAGUAGAGUUUUAAGAACUGGCUGUAAAUGCAUCUUGUCCAUUUUCAAAGACUUGGUGUUAAUCUGUGUCUUGUUAUUUUCCAUUUUAUCAGAGUUAGAGAAUUAAGAGUAAAGUUUAAAAAACACACACGCAGACAGUAUAACCUUUUGGAAACCAAGUAAAACUGCAGAUGCUGGAAUUUGAAACACAAACUGCAGGUGCGGGAUGAACUCGGUCAGAUGUCAGAACAUAACCUUUGACAUGAAAUAUCAACUGCUUUCUCCUUCCACAGGUGCUGCGUGACUAGUUGAGUUCUUCCAAUUCUUUAUUUUUGCUGCACAUAGUCUUGGAAGGCUAGUAGAGCAUUUGUAAACUUCAUUUUGAAUGGUGAAGUACUAGGAGAAGCAAAAUACAAUUAUGGUCAGCACUGGCUCAUGAAUUAUUAACAUUGGCAGAUACUGCCUUUAAGGAUUUCUCACGAACUUUAUCAGAUCUCCUAAAGCGUCUCCUGAAAUUUUACUCCAAUCUCCCUAAUAUAUAGCAAGUCUUCUAAAUUAUAAUUUAUAGAAGGCUGGCUAGAAAUGUAAAUAAUUCAGUGAUGUAAGGAUUCACUAGUUGUACUUACCAAUUGAAGGGCCUGUUCCUAUUCUGUAAUUCUAACAAAUGAGGGGCCCUUGAUUGUAAAAUCAAGCAUGGUUUUAGUCCAACACACAGAACCAUGGAAAUGAAAUAUUCAAUAGAAAAUUAAGGCACCAGGGAAGCUGAAUAUCAAGAAAUGUCUGUUGAACAUGCUUGCUUUGCCAAAGGUCACUGUCUACAACCAGGAAAUGUUCUGUACGUUGUACACCUGAGUAUUUAAUGUGUUUUAUUUCUCGUCCACAGAGGGUCUGACAUUCACCAAGAGGUCAGACUUGGAAACCUGUUACUGUCUGUUCAAACCUUUACGCUGAAAUAAUUUUAGUUCUCUAGGCCCCACAACGAAUUUUGAUUUUAAUUUGAUACAUAACAUUUUGAAUGGGAAAUUAAAGACUUUCAACCUUGCUCUUUAAUCAGCUCAUUCAAUUGAUGUCCUGGAAUUUGGGCUAUUCUCUGGAGACAUUGUGAUUGGAUGAACGGAGUCCCAUUGGGUCUGUAAAACUAUGUCUAGCUAUUUGUUCUGACAGUGUACUAUCUAAUGGUGGGCCAUUGAUCACGAUUUGUACUUGCCUGUAUUUUGAAGUAUGUGCCCAAAAAUAUCCAAGUAGGGAAUACCCUACCAGCAUUUAUUUAAGAAUUAUUGAUGUCAUUAUCUGUGAAAAAGAUCUAGAAAAUUUCCUUCAAGUGAAAUGUUUUUCUUCCUCUGUUUAGUCUAAACUUUAAAUGUUUGUGUGACUCUGGUGACAUGGUUUCCAUUGCAGUUAAAGCUUAUACCUAUCGGGGGUUGUGCCUUCUCCCUGUGACCAUGUAGGUUUCCUCCUGGUGCUCUGGUUUCCUCCUACAGUCCAAAGAUAUACUGGUUGGUAGGUUCAUUGGUCAUUGUAAAUUGUCCCAUGAUUAGGCUGGCAUUAAAUUGGGAAUUGUUGGGCGGCAUGGCUUGAAGGGUCAAAAGGGCUGUAUCUCAACAAUAAUAAUAAUAACUUAUUGAUUUGCUUUCUCAGAUACUUCUUUUAUCAGAGUAUAGUUUUGACUUGAUUUAAAAUAUUCUUUAUGCACUAGAUGAGAUUUGGUCAAAGGGAAAAUGAUCAAAAUCUGAAAUAAAGCCUUUGGUGUUAGAAGCAGGUUAACGAUUCUAAUGAAAACCUUUAACUACAAAUGAAGUUGAGGACCUGCAGAUCUGUAAUGUAGUUCAAGUGACGAGUGAAAGACAACAGGUUCUGAGGCUGACAUCUCCAGUUUAUUCUGCAGAGAGUACUUGAGGGUUUAAGAGAUGAGAGCAAAUUAUUAAUGUUUGAAACUAUCAAGUUCUGGAAGAUCAAUAAAUAUUGUUGCAGAUUGUGCAAAAGAAUUACAAGUAACGAGAGAAAAAAUCCAUUCUACAAAUGAAAAGAGUAAAAAUGAAUAUGAAUGUCUAGCUGAGGUAAAUGAAGGUGAUAUGACUAACAUACCAUUAGCCAAAGAAUAAAGAAAGAUUCUUCAUUAAAUGAGCUAGCCAGGCUACGUCGAUGAGAUUGUUAUCUGCAUAUUAAAUGAAGCUGAUAAGAGAUGGUAUUCUGACAGUUGAAAUACACCUUAAGGAUUUGGAGACUAUAGACGUUGAAACUUGGAACAAAAAAAACUAAUGGCUGGGGACACUUAAAAUCAAGUGGUAUCUGUGGAGAUAGACGGAUGGUUGAGACUUCAGGUUGCAGUCCUGAUGCACUGGGUCUUGACCUGAAGUAGUGAUUAUCCUUCUCCCACUGAUGCUUCCUGAUCCACUGAGUUCCUCGGGCAGUUUGGUUUUGCACUGAUACGUUUCUUUGACUUGAAAUAGCAACCAAAGAAAUGGAGCCUAAUUGAAAUUCUUAUCUGAAUCUCUAAAUAGCCAGAAAAUUACUCAAGCGAUUCAGAACCACAAAAAUAAUUUACAACUAGCUGUCACAACCUAGACAUUCAAAGCUUGUAGCUUUAGCAGAUUCUAUGCAGAAAUUAAUAGAAGAUGGGAUGAUAGAAAAACAGUAAAGAAUUCUCAGAUUUCUAACCUUUAGUUUAGUGGCGUUACUAUGGAAAAUUUAUAAAAUAUGAAGUAUGGUGCAUAUUAAAGCCAUGGAAGUUUCUUUUCAAAUUCCCUGUCAUCUAUAAUUUAGGGCAAUUGUUCUAAUUCGCAUAGGUUUUGACUCAUUUAACAGUAGGUUGCAGGAUCAUAAGCCUUUAGCAAAUUAUCACUGGUUGCAACUGAGGUGGAGGUCCCACCUAAAGGCAUUUCAGGUAUUUUUUGCAUGGACCUUUCCAAGUCCCAUCAUCAGGCACAAGAUAUUUGAGAAGUUUUAAAUUAGUAUUUCAAGGUGGCCCUUUCAAUGGAUGGUGUAUAAUGAAGUAAUCUAAUACAUUUGGUGAAAUUAGUAGAAUAAUUACUAGCUACCAAGGUGGUGUUUCAUUAUCCUACUUGCUCUUCAAAGUGACUGUCCAAGCUUUUCUCCCUUGAAUGAAUCUUGCUAAGUGGAUGUAUGUGGCACAACUUGGGCUCUUUAUCUGUAGGGAUAACAUUUUUCAGGGACGCUGGCAUUGUUUUAGAUUGUAAUCUCAACAAAUCAGGCUGAUGGUCAAGGCAAUUGUAUAAUUUGUGAAGUAUCUGUAACUGAAACCAAUGCCUUGAAUUAUUGUAGAUGAUCUGGAAUCAUUUGCCACAAUGUGAAAGCCUUACUCUCAUUUAAUAUUGCCUGUAUAUAUAUAGUUGUUAUCGUAAUUAUAAGGAAUACACUGCAUUCAAUCAAAUCUCCCAUACAAGCUGCACCAGAAGUAAUGAAGUGUCUCCAUAAAGGAGCCAUUUACAAGUAAAUGCAUUAAUCCUUUCGUGGCAGAAGAAGUCAACA